UUAAGCUUUCCACCAUAAGCUCUAGAUAAUGCAAUUAAGAUAAGUAUUAUUUUUUAAUCCUUUUUGUACAAGUUAUGUUGUGAAAAUGACAUUCUGGAGUCAUUGCAGAUUCCAAGGUGAUCAUCCAACUAUUAUUUUUAUGAUAUUUGAUAUCUGUGAUAAACCUAGGCAUGAGUUUAUAAAAUGGUUACAAGAUCAAAAGUUAAUUGCUUCCCAUUAUGAGUGUGUUAAUUGUAAGAAGCCUAUGGCUUUAACUGAAGAUAAAACCACAAGUGAUAGGCUUGUGUGGAAAUGUUCUACAAUGGAGGGAUCAGCAAGGCAUACUGUGAAACGCUCAAUCAGGAGAGGUUCAUGGUUUGAGCAUUCUAGCUUUUCUCUUCAAGAUGUUCUCCUAUUGACUUACUAUUGGUAUAGAGAAUACCCUCACAGAACAGUGCAAUAUGAACUUCAAACUAGUUCUGCUCGUAUAAUCCUGGAUUGGUAUAAUUUCUGUAAAGGUGCUUGUGUUGAUAUCCUCUUAAGCCGCAGCACUCCGAUUGGUGGACAUGGGAUUAAGAUUGAGCUGUAUGAAAGUAAGUUUUGGAAACGAAACCAUGGGGAAGAUAACAGGGUUGUAAACCAAUGGAUUUUUUGUGGACUGGAAAAAGACACGACUAGUUGUUUCUUAGUGACUGUAAGUGACAGAUCUCCCAAAACCAUCGUGAAGAUACUGAAACAGUACGUCCUGCCAGGUUCGAUUAUUUACAGUGACAUUUGGAAGGACGGUACCAUUGAGCAGGAUGUACACCAACACAUUUCUGUGCAUCAUGACAUCACUUUCAGGGACAUGGAAAAUGGAGGUGUGGGCAACACAACUGAAGGCAUAUGGACCAUGAUCAAACGGCAAUUCCCUGCAGCCAGAAGGAGUAAAGCUUUGUUUGACGGAUUCAUCGGGGAAUUCAUGUAUAGAAGGAUACUGAAUGAAGCUCAGGAUGGGUAUCUUCAGUUGUUAAAUGAUAUCACCCGAGUCUACAAACCAGCAACAAGUGGUUAAUUCAGCUCCGAAACAUAAGCAGAAUCCUCGUGUUAAUAAGAUGUACACAGAAUAAUAAAAACCUCAAGAUCUAAAAUGGAACCGUACUGUAAUUGGUAUUGUAUAUAUGACUAUAAUAAGCUUAAGAUUUGGUUUGCGUUUACUACUAAAAUAACACGAACAAAUUGGUCCAGAAUCCUUGUAAACAAUGUAUUGUAAUGUGUUAAAAGUACCAUGUUAAAGUUGAUUUUCGUGUAAAGAGUAGGCAAUAGCGUUUUUGACUCAUGAAGUGCAAUUGUUUCUGUAAUGUAAAAUAUCAUUAAUCAAGGCUGUAUUCAUUGUAAUUAGUUUGAAGUAGGCCAAUACAAAACUGUAAUAGGCUACAGGGUGUUUUUAAAAGAAUGCCGGGAUCUCAAACGGUCGUUGCUCAGGGACUAUUCAAGAUAAUUAAACAAUUUAAACGUCAAAUUGAAGGGAAAAAAAUAAAGUUUUUUUCUCAUUCUUUCAUACAAUUUGGAAUGAUUUAAUAACAUUCAGAUUUUCAUCAAUCUUAUAAGAGUGUAAACCUGGCAAAGUCUGUACACUUAGGGCAAUCGGCAUGUUGAUCUGAUGUCUUAACUGAAUCUUCUUCGGCACAAAGACUCUAUAUUUUAUAGAUAACAAAAUAAAGUGACCAAUUUAGGCUUUUUAAACUGAAGACUUCGUCGGAAAAUCGAUUUUAUCGGGCUUAUGAUGCAGAAAUGUCGGAUUCCUUUGACUAUGUUAUCGUUUGUUUUUAGACGGCCGGGUGAAUGUCUUUUCAAAACACCUCGGUGCCACGAAACUCAUUAAACCAGCUUCAAGUUUCUUUAUCAUCAAGUAGAUUUAAAUUUAGUUUUAUUUUGCAAUGGAUAUAACCUCUACGAACUACAGAUUACAAUCUGUGCCUUAUGUUGCGACGUAAACGUCGUACUGACGACUGGCGUCAGGCAUAUGAGUCACAAUAGCGGCCUAUCACGCCGAAACUGUUUUACGCAUAUUAAGGUCAAAGCUUCCUCCCUUACUGCACGGGAAACAAAACUUAGUUAUUUUAGCUUCAAUUUGACGUAUAAAACGUUUAGUUACCUUGAAUAGUAUCCAAGCAAUUACCAUUUAAAAUCCCAGCAUUCUUUUAAAAACACCCUGUAUUACAAACUCAUCUAAAGAGUAUAAAGACAGGUUCCUUAAAUAUUCCGUUAGACAUUUAAAAAAAAUAUUGGGUUUUUCUUUUUUAAAUUUUUUAAGGAAUGAAUUUCAUAAUGCAUUCCUGCAUUGUGAGUCUUUUUUCAAGAACCCUAAUUUAGAAUAAGAAUAAGAAUAAGAAUCAUUUAUUCCAUUGAUCUUUUUACAAAGAAAUAGGACACGUCAUAUACCGGUACAUUACAAAAUAAUCAUCUAAAUACAAUCAAGCUUCUGAUACAUCCAAAUAUUAUAAAAAGUACAAUUAAUCAGGUAUAAUAGCUUAUUUUAAUUAAAAUUUACAUCAAAAUUACACUUGAUAAAGUCACUUAUGCUGUAGAAAGGAUUUUGAAUUAGCCAAUUAUAAAUUCUAUUUUUGAAAAUAUUGUAAUCAACAAAUUUUGCACUGUCAGGUAGUUUAUUAAAAAAGCGAAUUGAGUUAAUUUUGAAAGAGUCACCCGUUUUAGCCAGUCUAUGAGGUUUCAUGCUGAGCUUGCCUUCACCCCUAGUGUUGUACUCAUGUAUGAUUUCCAAUUACAUCCUUUUUCUUAUGUGUAGGCCUAUUGUUUAUAUAAUUAGCCUAUUUACUUUAAUUGGCAGAUUGCAAUUUUUGUUAUUGUAAAACAAAACCGUCAAGAACAUUUAACCAUUAAUAGUGAGGUUUUUUAAAUUUUUAAAGUGUUAUUUUGCUGAAUCAUCGUUGUUUAUUUUUAACAUAGGCUCUGAUCAAUUGCUUCUGUACUGUCAAAAUUUGGUAUGAAACAUUAACGUAUUGUGGAACAUUAGAUAUUGAUGAUAAACCUACAGCAUAAUAUUUUACCAAGUAAAAUUAAAUUUCAAGUCUAAAUGUGAAGAUAGGUUAUUGCAAAUUAGGCUCCAAGUUAAAGUAGCUUACAGUAUUAGUUUUAGCAAAGUUAUAAAUUAGAGAAAUUGUAUAACCUCAAUUUAUCUGUUAGAACUCUUUUGUUGGGUUUACCAUUAUUUUAUUUUAUUAACAUUUAAUCUUAUUUUUAUAGGUAUGUAAAAGCUCCAUACAUUUUAAAUCUGUUUUGCUAUGUUUUGUUUAGGAAGUAUUAUUAGAUGUUGAUUUUGUUUUGUGAUUUCACUUAUUUUUUCAAUUAUAUAUAACUCGUUGUAUUCUAUAUCUCUGUUAAAAAAAAUAUAAAAAUGUAAACCUAAACCUAUCAACUAAUUUUAUGUUUGAUACAUUGGCUGUUUAAAUUUAUUUUUUAAAACAUCUCUUCCAGUAGGCAGUUUGUUUGUCAGCGCUAAUACAAACUAGCUUACAAGUAAAAUAAGACUAAUAUUGUCUACGUUGGCGAAAACUAUCAAAAGUGUAAACUAAAAGUUUCUUGAGCAAAUGCAACAAGUUGGUUUAGUGCUUUCCUCCUUGAUGCCAGAGGAACUGGUCAACAACCGGAGUUGUAUUUUGCUCACUAACAAGCUCAAAUUUUUACUCCCUCUAAGUUAUUGCUUGUUUAAAUGACGUUUACAGAAAUGUAAUUCUUUUCAGUGAAAUUGGCCAUCUUUCAUAGGAAAUAGAAUAAACAUACUCCCUUUUAAGAUACCGGGUUUCAAAAAGUCUGGACACCUCUUAAAAUCUUUUUCCUACAGUCAGCCGACAAAGUUGGCUUCCUUGUACUGUAUAUAGUACAGAAAGCUGCUAAUUGCUGCAUAUUUAUACUUUGCCGUACGGUUUAUACUUUGUCGUACGGUUUAUACUUUGCCGCACAUCAGGAUUCCAACGAAACAACACAAAACAGCGUGGUUCUAUUAUGCACGUAAUCCGUGUACGCUUGGAAAUAGGUUGGCAACACUUAAAGAUAAUAAUACUAUGAGCAGCUGAUUGACUAUUAUAACUAAGAUUAACCUGUCGUUUCGUGUUUAUAGUUUCGGUAUUUCUGAACUUUCUGGACUUUUCUUUUAAACGUUUUUAAAACAUUCCUACGAUCUUAAUAAACAAGAAAAUACCUUUAAAGCAUUUUUUUUUAGGCGCGGAAACCACUUCAAAUUACAAAAACAUACGGAACUAUAUUCUCAAAACGCGGAGCACAUUUCUUGCCGAGGAAAAAUAGCGGAGUGAUAUGGACCGCGGGUACUACUUUCUCUAGGGCACCAUUUGUGUUGCCAGCUGAACCUAAAAACGUGUUGUAUAGUGUUUGAAAGACUAAUUAUUUAUAUGCUUUAUAGCCCCAAAGCAGAAUGGUUCCUACGUGUCUGCAACGGCCUGUGAAAACCUCAAAAUGUGUCCGCAAGCGCUAAAACUAAAAAGCUAAAUAAUGACUUAUAUACCGGUAUAUAUAUAUAUAUAUAUUCACUCUUUAGGGCUACUAGUAAUAUAGUUAAAUAAAAUAAGUAAAUUUCAAUAACUUGUAUAGCCUACU